CUCAACUCAACACCGAAACCAAAAUGUAAACAGACUGCAAACUGAGAAUAAUUUUAUAAGUUUUCCUUUUUAAUAGGCUUUAAAAUGUUAAUACUUUCCCGGCAUUGCGUUUUAUGCAGCCAUAGUUCAAAGUUUUUAAGUUCUUACACUGCAAGAAGGAAAUAUUUUUCUGAAAAUAGCGUAAAAAAUGAAUUAGCUGCAGCUUAUAAACCCCAUGAAAUAGCAAACUCAAAGUCGCAAGAUACAUAUUUCUGCUCCAAAGUGGCAUCAAAUGAACCACCCUUUAGCCUCAUACUGCCUCCACCAAAUAUAACCGGUACAUUGCAUUUAGGUCAUGCCCUCACCAGUACAAUUCAAGACGUUUUAGUGAAAUGGCAUAAAAUGAAGGGCAGAAAAACAAUGUGGGUCCCAGGCCUAGACCAUGCAGGUAUAGCGACCCAAGUUAUUGUUGAGAAGAAAUUAUGGAAAGAAAGGGGCUUAACUAGACACGAUUUAGGCAGAAGUGAAUUUGAAAAAGAAGUCUUAAAGUGGAAGAAUGAGAAAGGAUUGACCAUAAGUAACCACACUUUUUAUUACUCCUAUUUAUUAAGCUUAUAUAGCAAUAUUUUAGUUCAGCAAUUAAAGUGCUUAAAUAUAGAUUUAAAUUGGGACAAGGAAACCUUUACCAUGGACGAAAAGCGUUCAAAAGCAGUAACAGAAGCAUUUAUAAAAUUGUUCGAAGAUGGUUUAAUUUAUAGGGCAGACCACUUAGUAAACUGGUCUUGUGCUUUACAGUCUGCAAUUUCUGAUAUAGAAGUGGAGCAUAUUCAAGUAAAUGGCCUCACAAAAUUGACAGUUCCUGGCUAUGAUAAACCAGUGCAAUUUGGAUUUUUAACUAAGUUUGCUUAUAAGCUUACAGAUUCUGAAGAGGAAGUAAUAGUGGCUACAACUCGCCCAGAAACAAUGCUCGGAGAUGUUGCUGUAUGUGUGAAUCCUAAAGACACACGGUAUAGCAGAUCAAUAGGCAAAAUGUUGUACCAUCCCUUUCGACAUGAGAGAAUUCCUAUCAUUGCUGAUGAGUUUGUUGAUCCGGAAUUCGGAACAGGUGCUGUUAAAAUAACUCCCGCUCAUGACCCAACGGAUUUUGAAGCAGCUAAACGUCACAAUCUCAAACUUAUCCCUGUAAUAAAUGAAAAAGGCCUUUUAACAAAUGUUUGCGACGAGUUUACCGGUAUUAAACGAUUUGACGCCAGAGAAAAAAUCCUUAAUCGACUGGCAGAGGUACAGCUAUUAAGAGGAACCAGUGACCAUUCAAUGACUGUACCCGUUUGUAGUCGAUCAAAAGAUGUAGUAGAAUACUUAACAAAGCCUCAAUGGUUCCUAAGCUGUUCCCAGAUGGCAGAAAGAGCCGUCUUAGAUGUCAGAGAAGGAAAACUGCAAAUUGAACCUGCUGGUUUUGAGAAAGUGUGGUAUCAAUGGCUUGAGAAUAUUAGAGAUUGGUGCAUAUCCAGACAAUUGUGGUGGGGACAUAGAAUACCAGCGUAUUCAUGUCAUAAAAAAGAAUCGAUGAACGAGCCCGUUUGGGUGGCCGCUGAAAAUGAAUCAAAUGCGAAAGCCAAAGCGUCCAAAUUGUUAAAAUGUGAUAUUAAUCAUAUCGAGUGUGUUCAGGAUCAAGAUGUUUUGGACACAUGGUUCUCUUCUGGAUUACAGCCAUUUUCUGUUCAUGGAUGGCCUGAAAAGACUGAAGAUUUGGAAAAAUAUUAUCCAUUAUCCCUUAUGGAGACCGGUCACGACAUUUUGUUCUUUUGGGUGGCGAGAAUGGUCAUGUUAGGGUCACACCUGACUGGUCAGUUGCCGUUUAAAAAAAUCCUUUUGCACGGUAUUAUAUGCGACUCGCAUGGCAGAAAAAUGUCGAAAAGCUUGGGCAAUGUAGUUGCUCCGGAAGAUGUUAUUAAGGGGACAACAUUGGAGAAAAUGAACGAAAUUUUGAAGCACAACUAUAAGACUGGCAUUCUUUCUUCGGAGGAGUUAAAAAAAGCUCUCGAGGGUCAGAAAAAGAUGUUUCCAAAUGGGAUUCCGGAAUGUGGGGCGGAUGCUUUAAGAUAUACUUUACUUUCUCAUAAUAUCAAAAGCCACAUAAUAAACUUCGACGUAAACGAAUGCCGCACAAACCAGCUAUUCGGUAACAAAAUAUGGCAAGCGACCAAGUUCACUCUGCUAUGGAUAAAUAAAGUGCGAGAGGCUCAGCCCCCAAAUAAAUUUGAAGUUAACCGGUUUGAUUAUCAAGAAUUCGGACUUAUGGAUCGAUGGGUGCUUAGUCGAUUGGAUCAUAUGCUUGGCACUGUGCAAAAUGCCAUGGAUAAUUUCGAUUUCUAUAUUGCCACGGCCGCUUUGAAACAAUUUCUGUAUUAUGAAUAUUGUGAUAUUUACUUGGAAGCAGUGAAGACCGAUCUCAAAGACAAAACCAUAGAAGAAGUGGCAAAAGUACAUUGUAUAACUUUGUUGACUUGUUUAGACAAGUGCCUUCGAGCUUUGGCCCCGUUUAUGCCGGCAUUAUCUCAACAUUUACACAAACACCUUCCGAAUCUAUGGAAUAUUGGGUGUGAUCGGUCGUUUCCACAGCUUUUAAAUCUAAAAAAUUCAGAAUUGGAAGCCGAGGUACAAGAAAUCACUGAUGUUAUAACCUGCAUUAGACGACUAAAGAAAAUCUUUAAUAUAACUUUCAAGUAUAAACCAGAGGCGUAUUUAGAAACUCUUACAGUUGACAGGUCACAGAAGUUUCACCAAGUGAUAAAAGACCUCGCCCAUCUGUAUACUUUUAACAUUCUAGACCAUAAACCUACUACAAAUGGAUUAGUGAAAGAGAGAGUGAGGGAAAACACUGUUUACGUUGUCGUUCCAGAAGAGCUUAGGAAAAACUUAGAAGUUGACAUCGGAAAAAUGGAACAGAAAAAAGAAAAACUGCUCAAGGAGUUGGAGAAACUUAAUCAAAUGAUUAGUGCAGCCGCAUAUAGAGAAAAAGCUUCUCCAGAAACACAACAAAACGCCACCAGAAAGAUAGCCCAACUUAACGAAAAAAUAGAUAGAAUUACUUAUAUACAAAGUCUAAAACAAUAAAGAUAGUCUUUUACAUUUCAA